ACUUUUAGCUGACAACACAUCAGAAUGUACAAUAAUUCUGGUGGUCUUUUCAUCAGCUGUUUUGCUGUAGCGCUACACCCUGUAUAUUAUAUGUAAUACUUAACCUAGCAUUCAAGUUUUACGCACACGCCUUUGUUCUGGAAGCUUUUCAAUACUGCGCCUUUGUUUCAAGUUUUAAGCCUCACUAAAACUUUCAGUAGGUUUUUUUUGUCGUGUGAAAUGUGAGAUAUUGUUAUAAGCAGAAGUUAUUGCUGUAGAAGUGAACAAAAUAGUUUUAUGUAGUGGACAUUUAAUUGCACAUAAAAAAUAAGGAAAAAUAACUGUGAUAAUAUGUAUUUGUAUACAAAUCUAUAAUUGCUGGCCUCGUUUAUUAUGCAGAAAGUUGUUUUGCUUCUACACAACUCUGUUUACCGCAAACGGAAAAGCGUCUCCAAGAGUAUAAAACAUACCUAACCAUAUAUGUAUGAGUAUAUGUACAUUAUUUAUUGGAUUUAUUCUGAAUGCGAUUAAACAUUUGUGAGAGAUGUGCUUUAAGACUUUGUGUAGAAAACUGUUCUGUUGUUGUUGUCAUCAAACCAGAGAGGGUGGUCUGAAUGAGGCUGCCUUCUAUGAAUACUCUGAUGCUUUGCUUAAGUACCAUAACGAUGAAAUUGGCCAAUUAUGCGAAGGAGUCAGUUUUACCAUCAGCGGGAAAAUUGCGAUAAAUUGCGAGAGGUUCUCCAUUAAUUUCGUGUAUAACAAUGAAACACGGGAUAUCGCUCUGCACGUCAAUCCACGCCUUCCACAGAACUAUAUUGUGCGUAACACGAAGGUAAACGAUGUUUGGGGUCCUGAGGAAGUUUCUUCAGCGCUCCCAUUUUUGCUUCAACGUGGCGACAAAUUUGCAAUCCAAAUUUUCAUUACGAAUACGUGUUAUAUGAUAUCGAUAAAUGGUCAUCACUUUGCUGAGUACGCGCAUCGCAUUCUCUAUAGCGGUAUUCGGAGUCUUGAAGUCAAAGGUGAUGUUGAGGAGGUGGAAAUGCAUCGAACCAUGGUUGAGUACUAUCCACAACGAUUGGAAGAAUCAGCCGCUCGAGUUAUAGAGUCGCAUCUAGAAACAGAAGCGGACGAGGUUGAUUCCAAUGCGAAGGAUAUUAUCAGCAUACCUCACGAGUGGUGUCUAAUUAGCUCUCCCAUAAAACUUUCAAACAAAUCAAUGAAGAGCAACUACAAUGGAACAGAUCAGGGACUUACGCUUCCAUACUAUGGCACACUUUUGCCGAAGUCAUUAAAGGAAGGCCGAUGCCUUAAGAUUGAGGGUCGUGUACGUUUGUUGCCACACUCGUUUUAUAUAAAUUUACAACAAGGUCAACACAUUUGGCCACAUCCUGUAAUUGCAUUUCAUUUGAAUCCACGUUUCUCACAAACAAGCACUGGGGCCAUAGGUAAGGCUGUAGUGUGUCGUAAUGCUUGGUACAAUGGUAGAUGGGCAGAAGAGGAGCGCUCUGAGUUAGAUACAAACUUCAGACCUGGUCGCACAUUUAGUUUAGCUAUCGUGUGCUCCAAGGAAUCUUUUGAAGUCUAUGUUAAUCGACAGUUUAUUACCAAAUUUAAGUACCAUUUCAACCCAGAUGUUGUGGAUACGGUUUACAUUCAGGGUGAUGUGAAGCUCUGGAAUGUGACACUCGAACCCAAUCCAAUUGUUAAAGGAAAAAAUGUGCGCAUCUAUCACAAUCCACUGUAUAAUGAUGAAUAUUAGUUGAUUAAAUCUGUAUCUGUUUGAAUGAAA